CCCGCCCGAUAUUGGUGUUAUUUAUAAAGUGUUUUACAAAGUGCACCUGAUCUCAGGAAAGAUGAUUCAGUUGCUUUACACACGGAAGUGUACGGAGGAAUUGCCCAAAACAGAGAGAAAGUGCCGACUUUGCCGAAUUAUAUAAAGGAAUCGUUCAGGCUUCCAGCAUCAUUGCAAGCCAAACAAUUCGCUUGAAAGGACUACUUCCAUCCCGCAACAAAAUGAAAGUGACUCUGAUCCUCACCUUCCUGGCCUCCCUGGCCCUCUCGCUGGCCCUGCCCCAGGUGGGACAUGGAUCCAUCAAUGGACCCAGCGGCCGCUUUGCCAUGACCCGGGACUGGGCUUUGCCGCCAGUGGACCUUCAGAAGCCCAUCGUCUUUCUGCGCGAGGCCACGCCCAUCCACGAAGAGCCCCAGGAGUCGCGCUCCGUGCAGACACGACGACGCCAGAUUGCCUGAGCUCUCUCCGAUAGAAUGUGUUACUAGAAUUAAUAGUUACGUGCCAAUAAAUUGAUUAAUAUUAAAUUGUAUCCAAACUUCACGCCUGAUCGCAUGCCGAAGCCGAAUCCGAUCCACGGUAGAGCAUAACCCGCAUAACUAUUCCUGGAAUGGACAUUUCUGUUGACAUAAUUAACGCAGAUCUAUGGUG